UUAUAAAAAGCCCGAGCAUCGCUCGAGCCCCCACGGCAGUGACUAAGUUAGAGUCUCCACGAUAGCAGCAGUCCGAAAACGGAACUGCAAGCCUGCGAGCACGGAACUGCACUGCUUUCCCCCGCUAGGCCGUCUCAACCCGAGCUCAAAGUCCCCAAUCAUUAUGACCACGUCCCGCAUCAGCGACCACGCCGAAAGCGCUGCCCCUCCAUCCAAGACGCCCGGUUUUGUAUCUGUCCCAGACACGCCAACGUCGACAUCUAGCAGCAACGGGUCCAAAAAGUUCGGCAGCAUGCAUACUUCAAUGGUUGACUCCAAGUUCCUCUCCCACCCCGAGGAACUCGGCGUCGUUGCCGUGGGCUUCUCGGGCGGCCAGUGCAAACCCGGCGUUGACGCAGCUCCCUCUGCCCUGAUCGAGUCGGGUCUCCUCACGCAGCUCCGCGACGAGCUCGGCUACAAGCUGCACGGCGACGACACGGUGCACCUCUACACGGACCUGGUGCCAAAAGACGAUGCACCGCACCGCAACAUGAAGAAACCGCGGGCCGUGUCGGCCGUGACCCGGCGCAUUGCCGACCAGGUGUACUCGCACGCCAAGGAGGGGCGGCUGGUGCUGACGCUGGGCGGCGACCACAGCAUCGCCAUCGGCACCAUCGGGGGCACGGCCAAGGCGAUCCGGGAGCGCUUCGGCGGGAGCCGCGAGAUGGCCGUCAUAUGGGUGGACGCGCACGCCGACAUCAACACGCCCGAGACGAGCGACAGCGGCAACAUCCACGGCAUGCCCGUCAGCUUCCUGACGGGGCUGGCGCGCGGCGACGACGAGGACCUGUUCGGUUGGCUGCGCGCCGACAACCUCGUCAACCUCAAGAAGCUCGUCUACAUCGGGCUGCGCGACGUCGACGCGGCCGAGAAGCGCAUCCUGCGCGAGAACGGCAUCAAGGCCUUCAGCAUGUUCGACAUUGACCGCCACGGCAUCGGGCGCGUCAUGGAGAUGGCGCUGGGCCACAUCGGCUCCGACACGCCCAUCCACCUGUCCUUCGACGUCGACGCGCUCGACCCCAUGUGGGCACCGUCGACGGGCACGCCCGUCCGCGGCGGCCUCACGCUGCGCGAGGGCGACUACAUCUGUGAGUGCGUGCACGAGACGGGCAGCCUCGUCGCCGUCGACCUCGUCGAGGUCAACCCCAGCCUGGCCCCCGCCAACGACAUCGGCGCCCACGAGACCGUUAGAGCCGGUUGCUCGCUUGUCCGAUGCGCGCUCGGCGAGAGCUUGCUAUGAGGCAAGGCGGCUUCAAUUAACUUUUCUGGGCAUCAACAUUCUUUGUUGGAUACUUGCGUUUGUCAGCUAUUCCUUGGACGACGUUACCUCAACUCAUCAUUAGACGAAUGCUCAGG